AUGGAAAAUGCUUCGCUAUCUGAGCUUGUCUGCAACCAAACAGAUGCAUGGGAGUGGAUUUACACCAUGCAGCCGGCCUACAUGUCCAUCAUCUGCUUUCUCGGAGUGAUCGGCAACUCCUUCGUGCUUUGCGUGUUCUGUCUCCAGAAGCAGCGCAGCUCUGUGGCCGACAUCUACUUGGGCAACCUGGCAGCGGCUGAUCUCCUCAUGGUUUCCUGUCUGCCAUUCUGGGUGGCGACCAUUCUUGACAGGUUCAAUUGGAAGUUUGGGGAGCUCAUGUGUAGACUUAUCAACAUUGUCAUUGGGAUGAAUUAUUAUUGCAGUGUGAUGUUCCUAACGCUUGUGAGUGUGGACAGAUACUUGGUCCUCACCAGGCCGCUGACCCAGGGGCGGAAGAGACGAGCCCUCUGGGCACGUGGAAUUUGCUUCAGUAUCUGGAUUGUUGGAAUCUUGCUCAGCUUCCCUGCUAUCCUCUUCCGCUCUGUGCAGUUCUUCCCUCAUCUGGGCAUUGAUGCAUGUUACCUGGCAUACCCCCAUGACGGCUGGAGACUGCGCUACAACGUGACUGUAUGCACAGUGGGCUUCCUUAUCCCUGUUCCUAUUGUCACUUUCUGCAGCUACAACAUCGUUAAAGUCAUCCAGAGCAGCCAGAAGAUGAGACAAGGCAGCAGAGGGAGUGUGGAGAGGAAAGCAGCAUACCUCGUCCUCGUUGUUCUGGCUGUGUUUAUUCUCUGCUGGCUGCCCUACCAGAUUCUCAUUGUCCUUGACACCUUGGAUCAUUAUGAGGUCCUCUCCGGAUGUACGUGGGCCUACGUGUUGGACAUUGGCAACCAGUUAGCUACUUACCUUGGCUACAGUAACAGCUCAUUGAACCCUUUCCUGUACGUGAUUGUGGGGAAGCACUUCAAGCAGAAAGCGAGAGAAGUGUUUAGAGUCAUGUUGUGCAGGAGGAAACAGGAAUGGGGAAAUUACGGUUAUUCCAGCCCCAAUCUCAACUCAACUAAACAAAGUGAGACUACUCAAAUCUAA